CAUAAUGAGGGGGUAUGAACUCAGGGGCACGGCCCCACCAUACAAUAUAAAUAUAACUGCACGAACCCAAUUUUUUAAGGCUGCAAACCUAACUGUUAGUGAGGAUCGUUUCACCGAAGCAGAGCAUCUUCUACAUCCUCCUGCUCCACUGACACCUCUGAAGAUGGGCUCCACAAGUGGCGGGCUCAUCACAGUCCAAGGGGAGGUGGUGGAGUUUUCUGCAAUAAAGGACGUAGUGUCAGGAAAACAGCACGUUCCCUUGCUAAAUCUCCAGCUAAAGGAGGAUGGUUAUACCAUAUCAGUCUGCCUCUGGAGGGAGGCAGGAAUUCACACCUUUAAUGUGGGAGACCAGAUUAACCUCUCCCACAUGAAGCUGAACCGCACCGCAUAUGGGCCACAGCUGCACAGCACUACUUAUACGAAGGUUCAGACAAAAGUAGAGGACAGAGAGGAGGUCCUCAUCGUUGGUGUGGCCAUGAGUGACGAGCCGAACCAGCUUGAGGUUCUUCUGGAUGAUGGGCAGAGCCUCUUCAUCAACAGUGAGCUCUGGACACCAUUUGACAAUGAACUUGAGGAGGCAGCGGUCAGGGUAAAAGUUCAAAUUAAGGGGAAGCAAAUUAUGCAGAUUAAAAAAAAACACUGAAUAAUUUAAAAAAUGUAUUCAUUUGUUCCUUUGUUUGUUACUUGUUUGUUUGUUCAAAAAUAUAAAAUGUUAUAUUUUAUAAAUUAAAAACAAUGAAGUUAAUAUUUUCUGUGUAUUUAUAAUCUUUAAUUAAGCACACAUUGUUAAAUGCUUAAGUGACAGCAACAUAAAUGAAAAGUUUGCAAGUUUACAAAUUCUAGUUGGUGUCCAUUAUGCCCAAUUCAGGGUAAUUUUGCCAUUUUCCAUUGUGUAUGCUUUUAUUUUUAUUAUAAAGUAUAUAUUAAGAUGAAGACCUUUGUGUAAAUUUAUAUACACAGGUAUAUAAAAUAAUUAUUCUGUUUGUUUUUUAUUAUAAAGUAGAGACUGUUCAUUAGA